AUGACAAAUGUAUCUAAACCAACUGUAGUGGUACCAAUUCAAACAGUUAUUAAUAAUAAUACGGAAUCAUCCAUGCAUUCAAAUGAUCUUGUCUAUAAUUUGUCAUUAGUUUCAAACGAUACUAUCCAUUCAUUCGAUUCUAUUAGCUUUGAUCUUUUAGAAAAUUCAACAGCAACCAUAGAAACAACGACUACAAUAUCAAUUGCAAAUGGUAACGGUAGUAAAAGCUCAUUUCAGAAUAAUACUACAUCAAAUAUAUUAAUUUCAACAUUAAUUAAUUUAACUAACAGUAAUCAGCUAAAUCAACUGAACAAAUCUUCAUUAAUAAAUAAUACAGCUUCAUUAAACUCAUCUGCUAUUGUUAAUACUAAUAUAACUAAUACGCUUUCAAUUACAAAUGCAAAUACGCAUAUAUUAGUUGCUUCGCUUGAUACUGAGUCAGCACCAGAGACUAUUCAACAAACUGACCAUACACUUCGAACAAUUUUGUCUGCAUUGACAUUUGCGAAAGAAAAUUUAGAAUUUACAUCGAAUGAUACACAAACGAAACUCUCCACCGACUCAAUAAUUAGAGCAGAACUGCAAAACGUAACUGGAAGAACUGAUGAUACACUUGUGUCUAUACCAGUACCAUCGGAUGAACUCAACGUCGCUGUAGUGUCUGAACCGAAUCUUUCUCAAUCGAGCGCGGAGCAAGAUGUAUUUGCCGCAGAACCAACACUCUCUUUUAUUCAGCAAACAUUCAAUACAACUUUUCCGACGAAUAAUAUGCCAAAAGAUCUUAAUCAGAGUGUACCAUCUUUCUUCGAUUUUAUGACUACACAACCUAUUGAAAAUCUUUCAUCUGAAACCAAUGUGGAUCAAACUUUGUCACAACCUUUGAAUAGUACACAAGGAACUUUGCCGCUUGAUUCAUUGGUAACUACAGUACCACUUGAGACAAGCCAGCCAAUAUCUGAUACUCUUUCGCUUAUCACACUAUUGACCAAUAUUUCUAAUGAAAGUUUACCACAACUUUUUAACAACACGCAAGAAGCUUUUCCACUCGAUUCGGUGCCGACUGAACUACCAUCUGCCACAUUGCAGCCUACACUUGAUACUCUUCCACCAAUUCUACCAUCCACAAAUCUUUCAAAUGAAAGUUCGCCGGAAACUUUGAAUGUUACACAAGAAACCUUACCUCUCGAUUCAUUACCGCCUGAAAUAUCACCUGAAACAAUCUGGCCAACACCUGGUACUCAGAUACCCAUCACCUUAUUGACAAAUAUUUCAAGUGAAAGUUUACCACAACUUUUGAACAACACGCAAGAAGCUUUUCCAUUCGAUUCAAUAGCGACUGAAUUACCAUUUGCUACAAUGCAGCCAACGGUUGAUACUAUUCCAUCAAUCACACCAUUCACAAAUCUUUCAAAUCAAAAUUCACCAGAAGCUUUGGAUACUACUCAAGAAACCUUACCUCUCGAUUCAUUACCGACUAGGCUAUCGACUGUCACAAUCGAGCAAACACUUGACACUUUUCUGCCCAUCACACUAUUAGGAAAUCUUUCAGAUCAGAGUUCAUCAGCUUUUUUGAAUGGUUCAGAAGAAGGAGUAUCGUUUGAUUCAUUACCGACAGGAAUAGCAACGGCUACGAUGCAUUCAACACCUAUUAUGCUUGAGUCUGUUAUGCCACCGAGUAAUAUUUCAAAUGAAACUUCACUAGAAGUUUCAGCUAGUACGGAAGGAGCAGCUUCUGCUGGUUCUUUAUGGUCUAGUUCAUCAUCUACAACGAUUCCUGAUACAGCAGAGUCUUUUCCUUUAGUAACACCAUCGACAAAUGUUUCAGGUGAAACUUUAGUGGGACUUUCCAAUAGUACACAACUCGGUUCAUCUUCUGAAUUGUUGGCAACUAACUUACCUACUGGUAUAGGUGAAAAUGUUACUCAUAUUCUUGAUCUUACCGCAACAUCGUCGUCGCUUACAAACACAACUACAUCGCCUCCCAUGAGUAACUCGGAAAUAUUUUUUGGUUCUGUCUCGUUAUCGAGUGAAGUACCUUCAUUCACAAUCGAGACAAUAAUCGAUACUGUUCAAUCUUCUCAAGUUCCUUUAGGAGGUUCAAGCGAACCCAUGUCGUUAACUUCAAACGAUAGUGACGUGAAUACUUCGUCCAUGUCGUUCCCUACGGAAGAAAAGCAUUUUACAACACUACAUACCGUUGAAACAGUAUCAUUAGUAUCUUCUUCAAUGGAACCGAAUCAAAAUGUUUCUGCAUUGCCUAUUGAUAUUCAAACCAGUUCUUCUAAUCAGUCAGUACCUACGCUAGUAUCAGUUGUUACAGAACAGGAAACGUGGGCUACACUUGCAACAACACCAAUGCCAUCUUUUCCUUUGAAUGAAAGUUUGCCAUUAUCGAUAAAUGUUACAACAACGAACAUUCUUCCUAUUUCAGAGACCACAGAAGUAGCUUCAGGUACAGUAGAACAGACUGAUAAUACUCUCGAACCGAUCAUAACAUCAUUAAUAUCUCCAAAUGAAACUAUGCCAUCUUCAUUCAAUGAAACACAAACAAAUAUGCCAUCUGGUUCAAUGUUUACCACAUCAUCUUUUAUUACCAUAGAGAAUUCUAUCAAUACUUUUUCUUCAGAACAGAUUUCGGCUAGUGUUCCUAACCAAAGUGAAUCGGUAUUACUAACAACUGUAAAAAGUAAUGAAGUAGAUAGCUCUUCUGCGUCACAGCCUAUGAUAUCCUCUACUAUAACACUGGAACAGACUACCAACAAUCUGUCAGUAACACAAUCAUCAUUGACUCUUCAGAAUGAAAGUUUGCCGUCAUCUUCAAUGGACGAAACGACACAAGCACCAAUGUCUACUGAAUCACUACUCUCAACAUUAACAGAAACUAAGUCUGUUGGAACUGCCAACAUUAACAAUGGUGUUGAUACGAUUGAAAGUUCCAGUAUAACGGUUCAAGUAACAGCUUCUACUCCAUUGCCUACGUUGUCACUUCUUACUAUACUAAUGUCUUCACCGUUGUCAGAGUCGACAGUUUUUUCAAACAUUAACGAUAAUACUAUGGGCGAAAGUACAAUGGGCUCGGCAGAAACUAACUUUCGGACCGUAUCAAGUACGACACUUUUCCCAUCAGAAGAGCUUACUGUUCCAAAUCAAUAUUCAACAAAACCACAUACUUCAAAUUUGCUACUUUUAUUAACUACGCUUAUCAGUCAUUCUGAAGUUACUACAUCAUCCGUUCUGACAAUAAAUUCAAUGCCGACAUCUGUUACAGAACCCACUAGUUUUAGUCAGUCGUUGUCUGACUAUUCUACUGCUGUCUCAUCUAGCAUAUCUAUACCAAUAUCGUCGAUUUCGAAUACAAAUCCUGCUGUUAAUAAUAGAGAUUCUACAUUUGAAACAAAUAUCGAUACGAUGAAUUCUAUAUCGUCGUCUCAACAAGUAUCUGAGUCAUUAGAGACAACUUUUACCGUCACUAAUUCAAUGCCACUUAAAACUAUGUCAACGAUAAUAUCUUCAAUACAAUCAAGCUCAGUUACGCCAUCAACGUUAGCAAACACUCUUUCUAAUGAUGUCACUUCAGUUCCGAGUGAAACGUUCACAAAUCCUGUUAGUUCAUUUUCUUCGAUUUCAAUCGACAAUGGACAAAAUACGAUGAAUACUCUUUCAAUAUCCAAUACUCAUAUGAGUCCAACUAGUUCUACACCGAUCAUAUCAAGUUCAUUUGAAACUCAAACCAUAUCUAACCCUUUGCCUUCAUUAAACAGUAUUAGUUAUUUAUCUUCAACAUCUUCACCUAACAUAAACGAUACAGCAAGUACCGAAAGUCCAUUGCCAUCAACUGUUAAUACAAUGUUUUUGACUUUAAUAAGUACAAAUACACCACCAUCGCACACUUCCAUUCCAUCUUCGAUGGCAAAUCAAACGAUAUCGACAACAACAAUAACAAACUAUGACACGACUUUUCUUUCUUUAUUAUUGACAACAUCUGGUUUAGCAAUAUCUAAUGAGACAUUAGCAACACGAAAUACGAUUUCAAGUAUUCCAUCUACAACACAAAUAAAUUCUAAUACAACUAAUGCUAUACCUUCUAGUGAUUGUGUUUUUCCAUUUCGUUAUCUUGGUCAAUGGUAUGAAAGAUGUAUAAGUGAUAUUCUCAAUGAUAGUUGGUGUUCAUUAACAGUAGAUUUUGAUCGAGAUCAACAGUGGAAAUAUUGUCGAGCACCUCGUGUUAAGACUAUUGGUGGUACAGGAAAUGGAAGUGACUGUGUCUUUCCAUAUGUUUAUCAAGGCACAUCAUUUUCAACAUGUAUUUAUCGUACAGAAACGAUGGGUACAACAAAAUCGUUUUCAUUAUUUUGUUCAGUUACAUCUAAUCUUGAUCAACAUGGAUUAUGGGGAUAUUGUUUAGAUUAUGACUCAUGCUACUUUCCAUUUAUUUACAAUGGUAAUACCUAUUCAGAUUGUAUCAGUGGACCGCAAUCAGCUCGUUGGUGUUCGACAACAGCUAAUUUUGAUCGUAAUCGAAUGUGGACUAACUGUCCUGUUACCUGUGAUGGCUAUCCACAACAAGAUGAAAAUUCUGUCGGUUUUCAACUACUUUUAGAACAACGACCAUGUAUAUUUAAACAAUCAAUUGCUCGCGAUACAGGUCUUAUUCUUAAAUAUUAUGCAUUACCAACAUGUGAAUUAGAACCGUUAUGUCGUGAUACUUAUGUUCCAUUGUUUAAGCAAAUAAUAUGUCAAGAAGAUGGACGAUAUAAUUAUCCAAGAACAAUUUGUUUACCAACUAAAUAA